AGUAGGAAGAUGGCGGCGGCCCCGCUGUACUGUGUCUGCCGGCAGCCCUACGAUGUGAGCCGGUUUAUGAUCGAGUGCGACAUCUGUAAAGACUGGUUUCACGGCAGCUGUGUGCAGGUAGAAGAGCAUCAUGCCGUGGAUAUCGAUGUCUACCACUGUCCCAACUGUGAUGUGGUACAAGGACCCUCCCUGAUGAAAAAGCGCAACAACUGGCACAGGCACGACUACACGGAGGCAGACGAUGGAUCCAAGCCGGUGCAGGCCGGCACUCCAAUGUUCGUAAAGGAGCUACAGAGCAGGACCUUUGCCAGUGGCGAGGAGAUCCUCAUGCGGAUGAAGGGCGAGCAGGUGACACCCAAGUACCUGGAGAGACACGGCUUCAGCUACCCCAUAGGGGUCACCGAGAUGGAGGGACUGGGACUCAAACUUCCCAGUCCGACUUUCUCUGUCAAAGAUGUGGAGCAGUAUGUGGGUGGUGACAAAAUCAUCGAUGUGAUAGAUGUGGCCCGGCAGGCCGACAGCAAAAUGAAGCUAAGCGAGUUUAUCAAGUAUUUCACCACACCGCAACGACCGAAAGUCCUCAACCUCAUCAGCCUGGAGUUCUCAGACACAAAGAUGUCGGAGCUGGUGGAGGUUCCUGACGUGGCUCAGAAGAUGUCCUGGGUGGAGAACUACUGGCCUGAUGACUCCUUCUUCCCAAAACCCUUUGUCCAGAAGUACUGCCUUAUGGGGGUCAAGGACAGCUACACAGACUUCCACAUAGACUUUGGAGGCACCUCAGUCUGGUACCAUGUUCUCUGGGGUGAGAAGAUCUUCUACUUGAUCAAGCCCACCCCCACCAACCUUGCACUAUAUGAGGCAUGGAGCUCCUCGCCCAAUCAGAGUGAAGUGUUCUUUGGGGACAAAGUGGAAAAGUGCUACAAGUGUGUUGUGCCCCAAGGAACCACCCUGCUCAUCCCUACAGGCUGGAUCCAUGCUGUUCUCACCUCUCAGGAUUGCAUGGCGUUUGGAGGGAACUUCCUUCACAACCUCAAUAUUGGCAUGCAGCUCAGGUGUUAUGAAAUGGAGCGUCGUCUGAAAACUCCAGACCUCUUUAAGUUUCCGUACUUUGAGGCCAUCUGUUGGUAUGUGGCCAAGAACCUCCUGGAAACAUUAAAAGAGCUACGAGAGGACAACUGUCCGCCGCCGACCUACCUGGUAGAAGGAGUCAAGGCUUUAAUCGGUGCACUGAGGACGUGGUUGAAAAGAGAGGUGACUGAGCCCUCCAGUGAGGUACCAGACAAUAUCAGGCCAAACCAUCUUAUUAAAGAGCUGACCAAGGAAAUCCGCUACCUGGAGGAGGAACCAGUAAAUGGUAGCAAGCCAGUGAAAUCUCAGGGAAGUGUGUGUGGAGUAGCGUCGGGAUCAAACGGUUGCCCGGCCACUCGCUCCACGCUUGACAGGGUGUGCCAGGCCCGACGGGCGAGGAGGGCAGCCAGGAGGCUGAGGGAGCAGCAGCGACAGGCCCCCAAACUGCCCUCCAACCUGGACAUCUUAGAGCAGCACACCAUGGAGGUGCUGAAGAGGCUGGAGGUGGGACCGCUGGAGGAGGAUGCAGCGUUCUGUGCCAAUGUUCAUGGAAAGCUCAACAAAGUGUCAACAGCAUCAGCUGCUGCUGCAGAGUCUUUGGACGACAACCACCUGCGGCUAAUGCUGGUCAACGGCAGAAUAAUCAGAGAUUUAAGGCGGCCAGCCAGCAGCCCGGUGAAGACGGAGGGUGAGAGAUCAUCUGACAGCCAAGGCCCACCAAAGAGCUGUGUGUAUGUGAAGUCUGAGAGGACGCAGGAGAGUAAAGAGCAGCACAGCACGGUGGAGAAACCCACACUCCUCAGGGGUCUGGAGAGGAUUAAGACUGAACUCAGGGAAGAAGCCUCAGGACACUCAAGUGUGUCGGACUUGGAGUCAGACAGCGACUCGCCCACAGAGCGCAAGGGAUCAUCAUCGUCGUCUUCGUCCUCGUCGUCCUCGUCAUCAUCCUCGUCGUCCUCGUCUGGGGAGGAUUCAGACAGUUCCCAGGAGGAGGAAGAAGAGGAGAGGGGCUCAUCUCUGCAGAAAGGCUCAGGGCACACCAUAGAGCUGGACCAGUCUGGCCAGAAUCUCAGGCACAAACACAAACCACUCAAACGAGAACGUCCUACCUCACCCGGCACAGAAGAGGCCAUUCAGGGGAUGCUGUCUAUGGCCGGUCUGCUGUGCUCCUCUGAGCAGGAGAAGGUAGGCUCGUCCCAGGAGCCCUGGUGGUCCAGCUCUGCCCAGAGCUCGCCGCUGGAGCAGAGGGAGGCAACGCAGCAUCAGCACCAGCACCGACUGCAGCCGGAGAAGAGCCCGAUGGACAGCCAGGGCAACAGCAGCGAGGCCUGGGACAAUCAGGGGAUCCCCAGCCCAGAGACAGACUACCAGUACUGUGACCCCUCAAUGUCGCCACCUCUGCACCCCUCCAAGAGACACGCCCCAAUGCCCCCACCCAUCAGCAAUCAGGCCACCAAAGGCAAGAGGCCCAAAAAAGGAAUGGCCACAGCCAAGCAGAGACUGGGAAAGAUCCUCAAACUCAACAGACACAAUCGCGUCUUUGUCUAGCACUCCAAACCUUCGAAACCUGCAAAAAGAAGUUGGGAAAAAAACAGGAACAUUUGUGUUUUUGUUUCCAGACACUUUUGUGCUGUAGAGAUGAGGAGGGAAAAAAAAGGACACUGCCUGGAGAUGACCACAACUGAACAAAAAAAAAAAAAACACGCUCACUGUGCAUGCUUAGGUGACAGGGUAUCGGAUUUGAAAUAAGCAAGUGCACGACUUCACCACAAGCACACUAAGAACAACAACAAAAAAAAAAAAAAAAAGGAGCUACAGGAAGCUGAGAGGACAAGCUUGUUAUGUAAUGUUCUGCUGCAGGGAACAGUGGAGUGAAGCUCCUGCGGGCAUUGUUUUUCUUUAACGGACGAAAGGAGAUUAAGGAGUUCUACCAAACAAAAACAAACAAACUAGAAUGAUUGCUACUGAUGCCAAGAUCUUCUGCAUCACAUUUACUAACAUCUCCGCUGAACGCACCACCUCGCCACAUGGCUUCAUCACUAUCUGCAAACUGAAGAGGAUGGAGAAGCAGUUGAAACAGCAGGAUGUCCCCCCCCCCCCCUCCCCACUCUCAUACCCUGAAGGGGGCUGUGGGCGGUUUACGAGGUGCUAAAGAGGUGGAACUGAUAUUUCGAAAUGGUGCUUAUUGUUUGUACUUUACUCCACUCAUGCUUGUCCCCUCGAUCCCCCAAUCCCCCCCACACCUUUUAUCUCUAUCACACCAGCAAUAAUGACUUUGAGGAGAGGACAUUGAGAGGCAGCACUCUGGUGCAUUUAUCCCCCCUCUGAUUUGUCUGUCUGCGGAUGUCGGCGCGUUACGGACUUGCACGAUUUGGUGCAAAAAAACGUGCCCGAGAUUCUGCACUAUGCUGUCGGAUGAAGAGGAGUUUCUAAGCUGUUCCAGUUGCCCCAAAGUGCUCCCUCUGUUUGAAAUAGGAAUUACGAGUCACGCCAAGACUCCCGCUUAAUUUAUUUCUCAUUUUUAUCUGUGAUGUUGAUUUUUUUUUUUUUAAUGUGUUAUUUUUAUGGAUUCUGAAUGAUGUAUUUAUUAAUUGAGAGAUAAUGAUUUUAUUAUAUUUUGACCCUACACCUCAGCUAUUCUGAGGUUUUUUUUUUUUGUUCCUUUUUUAUAGGGUGUUUUCUCUUCUUUUUUAAAAAAAUCUUUAACUCAUACUUUUUGUAAAUGUGGAUGUUUUAGAGUUCAUGUGAUCUCCAUCCGUCGAGUAGCAGUUUGACCUUCCGAUCUUUUCUUACCUUCUGUGCUGUCACGACUCUUCACCCCCCCAGUUGAAUAGAUCCUGUGUUGAUUCUUCUUCUUCUGUCUCUUCUGGUUUCUCCUCCUCUCCCUGUAGCCAGACGUGUUGUUGGGCAGUAACUAGGUUAGGUUGAGAACGGUCAACUUCCACACCUGAGCUUGUUUUUUUUUCUUCAACUAGUGCCACUUAUAUUUAGCAAAAAAAAAAAAAAAGUAUUCUGAGCCACUGUGGUCGAUCCAAAGUAGUCGAUGCAUUGAAAAGAAGUGAACGUUUGAGGAACUAAUACAGAAUGAGUGACUUUUUUUUAAAAAGAGAAAAAAAAAAAAUGCUGAGUGAGACGUGUGUUGUGCUCCGAGUGCGCAGUUCUUCACUCUCAGGGAAUGAUGCCAUGGACAUAAAACCUUCGAUUUAACCAGCAGCCACAUCGUGGAUGCAGACAGGACGCUCUCCGCACCCACUCAAGACUUCCACCUCCUGCUUUGAGGAUGUUUGACUUUUUGUAUUUAAUUUCAUCUCCUCCAUUGCUUAAAAAAAAAAAAGGUUUCUCUAUUGUGGUGUUAAAGUCGUGCUUUAACCAGUCGCUCGUUGCAUCUUUUUAAGCUAACUUUGGUAUUGUCCCUUUACUGCUCACUAUCAGCUCAGUGUUACUCACCCAUGUCAAGCGCCCCCCCCUCCCCCCGGCUACCUGUUGCCACGUAGCUUUAAGACCACUAUUUGAACAGCGGGAAAGCUCUGCUCAGGUUGACUUGUAUUGACUGUGAUCAAUCAUUCAUCCCUGACUACGUGUUUUACGUUAACCCAACAAAGAACCGACUUCUAUAAAAAAAAAAAAAAUCCCACACUGAUUUUCCUUUUUUUUCUGUCACUACACGUGAACCUCUAAACUCUUUGCAUGUGAACUCAUUGAACUCUCAGAGCUGGCCCGCAGGCAGGGUUUGUUUGAAACUGUUAGUAUUCAUCCUAACGAGGAUCUGUCCCCUCUCUUUACUUUAUAUGCAUCUCUUUAAGCAUUUGUGUUUUGUGCGUUGGUUCUUGCAAUGUUUUCUUUCCAGAUUUAAAUGGCUUAGAAUUUUAAGUAAACAAACACUGGCUAACUGUGACACUGUUAAUGCGUUGGCAUUUUGUUUCUGCAUUUCAAAAAUUGCGUGUAAAUAAAACUAAUGAAAUGACA